AGGAGGCGGGGCUUCGGUGAGGACCCCGGGCAGGGCGCCGCCGCCGGUUUGUCUCCGCUUUCCCUCAGCCGCCUCCUUUCAACCUUGUCCACUCCUCGGCGCGGCCUCUAUCGUGGCCGCGGCUUCGGUUCCUGCCGUGGGUCCCCUCCUCCCUCCCUGCCCAGCGGCUCCACAGGCUGUCCGCCAUGGCCUUACUCACUGCGGCUGCCCGGCUCCUUGGGGCCAAGAAUGCAUCCUGUCUUGUUCUUGCUGCCCGACAUGCCAGUGCUUCUACAAAUCUGAAGGAUGUCCUCAGUGACAUGAUACCCAAGGAACAAAAUAGAAUCAAGACCUUCAGGCAGCAGCAUGGCAAGACUGUAGUGGGCCAGAUCACUGUGGACAUGAUGUAUGGUGGCAUGAGGGGUAUGAAAGGAUUAAUAUAUGAAACAUCAGUUCUGGACCCUGAUGAGGGUAUCCGUUUCCGUGGCUACAGUAUCCCAGAGUGCCAGAAGUUGCUCCCUAAGGUCAAGGGAGGGGAAGAACCCCUUCCUGAGGGUUUAUUCUGGCUGCUUGUGACUGGACAGAUUCCAAAUGAACAACAGGUGAGCUGGCUCUCCAAAGAAUGGGCAAAACGAGCAGCUCUGCCCUCCCACGUGGUCACCAUGUUGGACAACUUCCCUACUAAUCUGCAUCCGAUGUCUCAGCUCAGUGCAGCUAUCACCGCUCUCAACAGUGAGAGUAACUUUGCUCGGGCUUAUGCUGAAGGCAUCAAUCGGUCCAAGUACUGGGAGCUGAUUUAUGAGGACUGCAUGGAUCUCAUUGCCAAGCUGCCUUGUGUUGCAGCAAAGAUCUACCGGAAUCUGUAUCGAGAGGGCAGCAGUAUUGGGGCUAUAGACACCAAACUUGACUGGUCUCAUAACUUCACCAGCAUGUUGGGCUACAAUGAUGCCCAGUUCACUGAGCUCAUGCGUUUAUACCUCACAAUCCACAGUGACCAUGAGGGUGGCAAUGUAAGUGCCCACACUAGCCAUCUGGUGGGCAGUGCUCUUUCAGAUCCCUAUCUGUCCUUUGCAGCUGCCAUGAAUGGACUGGCCGGGCCCCUCCAUGGACUGGCCAAUCAGGAAGUACUUGUUUGGCUGACGAAUUUGCAGAAAGAAGUUGGCAAAGAUGUGUCUGAUGAAAAACUGCGUGACUACAUCUGGAAUACACUCAACUCGGGCAGGGUUGUCCCUGGCUAUGGCCAUGCUGUACUAAGAAAAACUGAUCCACGAUAUACCUGUCAGCGGGAAUUUGCCCUGAAACAUCUGCCUAAUGAUCCCAUGUUUAAACUGGUGGCUCAACUUUACAAGAUUGUACCUGAUGUCCUUUUGGAGCAGGGCAAAGCCAAGAACCCUUGGCCCAAUGUAGAUGCCCACAGUGGAGUGCUUCUGCAGUACUAUGGCAUGACAGAGAUGAAUUACUACACGGUUCUCUUUGGGGUUUCACGGGCACUGGGGGUGCUGGCACAGCUCAUUUGGAGCAGAGCUCUGGGCUUUCCCCUAGAGAGGCCCAAGUCUAUGAGCACAGAUGGCUUGAUGCAAUUUGUAAGCUCCAAGUCAGGGUAAAAGAUGGGGACUGGGUAGGGCAGGGAGGGGGAAGAGAAUGUCUACCAGAGUGAGGAGACUUUAAGAGAGACAGUACAUACUUUUUUGUUUUUGUUUCAGGGGGCCUUUAAAGACUUUUAGGAUUAAAUUAUAUUUGAGGCACUGACACGAGGUUAUUUAAAGUGUAAAUUAAGAUAUAAAAAGACAGAGAUGAGACUAUCUUCCCUAACUAGUCCCUCUCCCCUGCCCAGUGUAGGAGUUGUCCAUUGACUAUAGAUUGAACAAGACUAAUACAGAUCUGGGCCAGGAUGGGCCCCCUGCCUCAUUUAGAAUGGAAGCCUAGGGUAUGUCCUGCCCCAACAGGGUCAGUGUUGGUUACAGGGAAUCUGCAUUCACUUCUUUGGAGAUUUAGGGUUUUGUUUUACUUAGCCUAACCGCCCCCCUCCCCAACCAAACACCUCCCCACCUGUAGGGCCAAAAACCAGAACUCUGACUCCAAGUCACUUUUUCAUAGGAAUGAUGUUGGAGUGUCAGCACCAACCCCAAAUACAUUAGAAGCCCCCUUCUUGGCCCCCACCCCCACCCCAUACACACAAAUUGAUGCCUGAGCUGUUAGUUGUCCAGACAUUUUGGAGUCCUCUAGCACAAGCUGAACCAGAGGCAAUAGCAUUUGUUAAAAUUGGCACCUGGGGUUUGGACUUCUUUUUGUUGUUUUCUCCUUUGAAAGAUGAGGUCUUGGGAUACCUGACCUUUCAAUAUUUUAAAGGAACUACCUUCAUGCAGACUAUGUACUUGCUACUCCCUGGGCUGAAAGAGCUUUGGAUAUAUUGGGGAUUUAUCUUAGCCUUCAUUUUGUACAUAACCACUGAUUUUGGCCUCUUCUUCAGUCUCUGUCUCCACCCCCACCCCCACAUGCUUAUUGUGAACUGUGUUCACAUCCAGAUAGAGAAUUGGGCCACAAACCUCUAACCACUUUUCCCCUUCCGUACUUAAAGAGCAGGGGCCUGCAAAUGGCCUAGCAUGCUGUCUAUGAUAUGCCCACAGGGAUAAUCUUAUUUUUUUUUUUAAACUUGGAAGUGAAAAUGAUUUGAAUGGAUUUGAUCCUGUUAGUAUUAGACCCCAGGGCUUAGGGCAUUAUUAAUAUAAAUAACCACAACCAAUCCCAACACACACACCUUCACCCACACAAACUUGUUUAAGUCAUUACCCACCUUUCCCCUCCACAAACGUGGUUCAUUAUUUAGAGCCCCAUUUGCACAGGUUUUUCAGUGAUUCAGAAUGCUCUGCUGCCUCUUCUUUGAGAAAGGACUGAAAUACACUCCUCUCACUGUGUCCCCUUCAUCCAACCCCUCCAAUCCUGCCUGUGUUUGUGUGGAUCCCCUGUCCCUAGAACCAAGCUGUUGAGAUGGACACACAGUCUAUGAACCCCUGGGUAACUGUCGAGAGUCCUGUUGCAGACUUCAGGUUGUUCUGUAUAAAAUGCAAAAUAAAUGUUUUUAUUAACAAA